AUGGGUUCUGCCGCAAGGACAUGGGUCUGCCUUCCCCUGGGCUGCAUCAUGCUGUUCAAUCUCACGAAUGCUAACUUUGAGUUUCAAAAGGGAGUGCUUGCCAGCAUCAGCGCAGGCAUCCCAGAAGAUGUGGAUCUUCAGUGCUGGAACACGUGCUCUCUGACACUCAUAGACCUCAAGGAACUCAGGAUAGAGCACAGCGUGGAUGCCUUCUGGAAUUUCAUGUUGUUCUUGCAAAAAUCUCAGCGGCCCGGGCACUACAGUAUCUUCUUAAACAUAGCCCAAGACUUCUGGGAUAUGUACAUAGACUGUUUGCUUUCAAGGUCUCAUGGAAUGGGCAGAAGACAGGUGGUGUCUUCCAAGUAUAAUUUCCACAGAAAAUGGCAAGAGGUGAUUUGA